AUGGCCGUGCAGAAGAAGGAGAAAAAUCCGUUCCUUCCCGAGCAAGGACAAUCCUGCUGGGUCUGGUUCGCGCCCAAGUCUGGGAAUGACGAUCAGCCUUCGGGGACACGGGAUGCAGCUGCUUUGCCGCAUAACGCGGCAGCACAUGAAGCCAGACAGCAGAAAGGCCUCUGGGGGAAGAAGGCCUACCGCCUGGGCCAGGCGACUUUCGUCUCUGAUAGCAUGGAUGGCACGGCCCUGGUCCGGGAGCGUGGGGCCAAGGGAACAGGAAGCAUCAAAGUAAGGGCUGGCUUGAUCCUCGACUGGUACGAGGGCCUAUUGGUCCUGGAUGCAUUGCUGCGGGAUGUCACAAAGGAAAAGGAAACCUGCGCCUGG